AUGGCCCAAGACAACAAAAAACUUACCCAGGAGGAAAUCGACAAGCACAAUUUCGACCCCGAAAACUUGAUCGUGAACCUUGGCGGCAAACAGGUGCCUUUCAGCGCCAUCAACAAACCCCACCAUGCGGUAAUCCAGCCCCAGCAGAACAAGCCCCAGGUCGACGCUGCGUCGUUUCCCGACGUAGAGCCAGCGGCCAAGGAAAGAGAGGCCCAGCUCGAGGCCCAGGCUGAAAAGAAAAAGAACGAUUAG